GAGAUUGGAGGGUAGCCGUGGGCCUCGGGAGGGAAAGACGGAGCGGUAGACUUUCUCCCCAGGGAGACAUAGCCACGCAGCUCCCUAACCUUUCGUACAUCCUUCCCCAAAAUGCAUAAAUCCCUCAUCUGUGUUCUGCUGCACUGCCCCUCACCACCUCACCAACCAUCUCUCUCUCUACGUCCUUUUGGUUCUCAUCAGCUAGAGUCCGAGACAGGCAAAAUGAUGUACGAACCGCAAAAGCAUCAAGUAAGGAUAAAUUUGAGGAAGAGAGCGGAGCGGAGACAAUGCAUUGAGGAAGAAGAGAGGCUUGAGAUAGUUAAUUUGAGUGGCAUGUCUUUGGACUCCCUCCCCAAUCCCACUCUCAACUUGGCCAGCAUUCGCAAGCUUGACCUUUCCAACAACAAUCUUCAGAGCAUUCCCGAGUUCUUAACAUUCAGACUGCUAAAUGUGGUGGUGUUGGAUGUGCGCUCAAACCAGCUCUAGUGUCUCCCCAACUCCAUGGGUUGUCUUUCAAAGCUUAAGGUUCUCAAUCUUUCAGGAAACCUUCUUCAAUCCCUACCCAAGACCAUACAAAAUUGCAGAGGAACUGAACUGCAAUUUCAACUUGCUGAGCAAACUACCAGACAAUAUUGGAUAUGAGCUGGUUAAUCUAGAGAAGCUCAGAGUCAACUCAAACAUGUUGGUUUUCCUUCCACAAUCCGUUGCCCACCUCACCUCUCUACGCGUCUUGGAUACCCGCCUCAACUGCCUUCGAUCUCUCCCUCAAGACCUUGAGAACUUAAUCAACCUGGAAGUCCUCAACGUCAGCCAGAACUUCCAGUACCUUGAUAGCAUACCAUACUCUGUUGGCUUCCUCAUCUCCCUUGUUGAACUGGAUGUGAGCUAUAACAAGAUCACCACUCUGCCAGACUCAAUGGGAUGCCUGGGGAAGCUCCAGAAGCUGUGCGUAGGCCGUAGAGGGUAAUCCAUUGGUUUCACCGCCGAUGGAGGUGGUUCAGUUAGGCAUACAUUCAGUUAGGCAGUACCUGAGUGAAAAGAUGCAUGCAGGGCACAAGAGCCCAACAAAGAAGAAAUCAUGGGUUGGGAAGUUAGUUAAGUAUGGGACCGCAGACAAUGAUGAAAGGGAGGGCUUCUUCAUGCAUGAGUAUCGCUCCAUUGACGGGUUUGCUUCACCCCGGUACAUAGGGAUGUUCUUGCCUCGUCGACUCUUCUCCACACGUACAUAUUUCACCCGAUGAACACCAAAGUUGUUGUGUUGAAGGUAUCUGUCUCUGAGUAUGGUUUCUGCAUACAAAUUACAGUCUAUUGCAGCAAGAAUAGUUCUAUUGCUAUAAGUGUUCUGCAAACAAAAAUCAGACGAAAAAUGAUCUAUUUAAGCUGCCUUCUGUGUGUGCAGUUCCCAGGAAUAAGUUAAUCUUCUUUUCCUUUGUCUCGAGAAAAAGGGAAGAAGAAAAAACCAAGAAAAAAGUGAUAAAACAGAAUGAAAGGAAUAGGCUUUGGCCAUUCAACAAAUUCUUUUGCUACUCAUUAGCUCAAAGGUCAACAACUAAUCAAAUGCACAGUACACAUGUUACUAGAGAGAGCAACAACUACGUUUCUCUGCACCAUUCAUCUGAAUCUGUAGUAAUAAAACACAUCAGAACAUUGCAUUUCAUAGCAAACCCAGUUAUUUGCAGCUAAGCUAAGCCAGGAAUAAGGCACAUACUCUGUGACAGUGUGAAAUUCUCAGUUUCUUAAUCUCAAUUCAUGAAAUCAUAUAUCCUAAGUUGUUCUUCCAUGCCAAAAGGAUGCUAUCACCGGGGUUUGUCUUAGAUGUAAUCAUCAUUUUGAAUAUAUCAGAGAUCAUUUU